CGCUACCAAAUGGACGUUCCUGGGUUAACAACCGUGUUAUUCAACUCUGCUGCAAACACAUUUUGUUUCUUAACUGUGCUGCUUGACUGAUAACGGGGACAACGAGAAUAGCUUGAUGAACCGUUGCAGACGAUGAGAUUGCUGUUACGGACCCAGACCCUGUACAUACCAUCUAGAAACAGAACAUUCUCAGGUGUGUUGAACUUUGUCCCUUCCUGCAAUACCACAGAUGUUCAGUCUGUGGAACAACUGCAGGCGUUUGUGUCCCGGGCCAGACGCCUGUUUGUCAUGACUGGUGCAGGACUGUCCACAGAGUCUGGGAUUCCUGACUACCGCUCUGAGAAAGUGGGACUGUACGCACGCACCAGCAGACGCCCUAUGGAGCAUAUAGAGUUUAUACGCAGUGCUAAGUCCCGUCAAAGAUACUGGGCUAGAAACUUUGUUGGGUGGCCCCAGUUCUCCUCACAUCAGCCCAAUACUGCACACACAGUGCUGCAGCAGUGGGAGCAAAGAGGCAAACUGCACUGGCUGGUCACACAAAAUGUAGAUGCUCUUCAUUCAAAGGCGGGACAAAAGAGGCUCACAGAGCUGCAUGGAUCUACUCACAGAGUGAUAUGUCUUGGUUGCGGUGACAUUUCUGCCCGGGAAGAUCUUCAAAGGCGUUUUGAAGCUCUUAAUCCAGACUGGACAGCACAUGCAGGAGCAGUGGCACCAGAUGGAGAUGUGUUUUUAGAGGAUGAUCAGGUUCUGCAUUUCAGAGUCCCCUCCUGCGAGCAUUGCAGAGGUGUACUCAAGCCUGAUGUUACAUUUUUUGGUGACACUGUGAGCAAAACAAAAGUGCAGUUUGUCCAUGAAAAACUUGUGGAUUCAGAUGCUGUCCUUGUUGUUGGAUCUUCCUUACAGGUUUACUCAGGUUACAGAUUUUUACUGGCAGCAAAUGACAGAAAAAUCCCUGUUGCUAUUAUCAACAUUGGAUCAACAAGAGCUGACCACUUGGCUCAGAUCAAAGUCAGUGGUCGUUGUGGAGAAGUGCUAUCUCUAAUUCAACCUUUAUGAUCACAGUGGACUUGAACUACAUCAUAUUUAUUUACUGAUUAGCAACUGUAUUUCUUAUCCUACUGGAGUACAUGCAAAAUUAUGCAUUUUAAAAUGUGUAUAGAUCAGGUAAGCAAUGGAACUUUUGGUAGAGACGUUUAAAAGUACAGUAAUACCAUAAAGGUUCAGUCACCUGGAAAUAAAUAUUUUCAUGCAAAUAAAAUAUAUUUUAUAUAUUUAAAAA